UAAACACGGUUCCCUCGGCAACGCCUGGAACCGACGUCAAAGGAUCCGCCGGGUCUGGGGCGACGGCCCCCCCUCCCGCCGAGCCCGAUCCCGGCAGAGGCCUCUGGCCCCAGUCCGAGCCACCACCACCCCUUCUCGGGCUUGCGGCCGCCUCCCCCGGUGCGGGAUGAGCGCAGCGGGACCCCAUGGAGGAGGAGCAGCCGCCGCCGCCGCCGGUCCGCCUGCCAGCGAGAAUGGCCUUGUUGGGCAGCCCACACCCCGGAGCCCCCUCCGCGGCCGGCCCACCUGGCGGGACUUCCUCCGCCGCGACGGCGGCGGCCGUGCUCUCCUUCAGCACCGUGGCGACAGCGGCGGCCGCGGCGCUGGGGAACCAGAGCGACGGGAGCGGGGGCGACAGCACUGGCGCCUCGGUUGGCGGCGGCCUGGGCGGGCCCCGGGUGGCGGGGGCGGCGGGAAGGCCGCCGCUGGGCCCCGAGGCGGCGCCGCUGCUGUCGCACGGGGCGGCGGUAGCGGCCCAGGCGCUCGUGCUCCUGCUCAUCUUCCUGCUGUCUAGCUUGGGCAACUGCGCGGUGAUGGGAGUGAUCGUGAAGCACCGGCAGCUCCGCACCGUCACCAACGCCUUCAUCCUGUCCUUGUCCCUGUCGGACCUGCUCACGGCGCUGCUCUGUCUGCCCGCCGCCUUCCUGGACCUCUUCACGCCGCCCGGGGGCUCGGCCCCCGCCACCGCCGCCACCGCCGUAGGGCCCUGGCGCGGCUACUGCGCGGCCAGCCGCUUCUUCAGCUCGUGUUUCGGCAUCGUGUCCACGCUGAGCGUGGCCCUCAUCUCGCUGGACCGCUACUGCGCCAUCGUGCGGCCGCCGCGGGAGAAGAUCGGCCGCCGCCGCGCGCUGCAGCUGCUGGCGGGCGCCUGGCUGGCGGCCCUGGGCUUCUCCUUGCCCUGGGAGCUGCUCCGCGCACCACGCGAGCCGCUGGCGGCACAGAGCUUCCACGGCUGCCUGUACCGGACGUCCCCGGACCCCGCGCAGCUGGGCGCGGCCUACAGCGUGGGGCUGGUGGUGGCCUGCUACCUGCUGCCCUUCCUGCUCAUGUGCUUCUGCCACUACCACAUCUGCAAGACGGUGCGCCUGUCCGACGUGCGCGUGCGGCCCCUGACCACGUACGCGCGCGUGCUGCGCUUCUUCAGCGAGGUGCGCACGGCCACCACCGUGCUGAUCAUGAUCGUCUUCGUCAUCUGCUGCUGGGGGCCCUACUGCUUCCUGGUGCUGCUGGCCGCGGCCCGGCAGGCCCAGGCCACGCAAGCCCCCUCGCUUCUCAACGUGGUGGCCGUCUGGCUGACCUGGGCCAAUGGGGCCAUCAACCCUGUCAUCUAUGCCGUUCGCAACCCCAACAUUUCGAUGCUCCUGGGACGCAACCGGGAGGAGGGCUACCGGACUAGGAACGUGGACGCUUUCCUGCCCAGCCAGGGCCCGGGUCUGCAGGCCAGAAGCCGCAAUCGCCUUCGAAACCGCUAUGCCAACCGGCUGGGAGCCUGCAGCAGGAUGUCUUCUUCCAACCCGGCCAGCGGGAUGGGAGGGGAUGUGGCCCUGUGGGCCCGAAAAAAUCCAGUUGUGCUGUUUUGCAGGGAGGGGCCCCCAGGGCCUGUGACAUUAGCGGUCAAACAACCUAAAUCUGAAGCCGGGGAUACCAGCUUCUAAGAAGGGCUGGGACGCACAGCUUGUGAAGGCAAAUCUUCACCUGCUCCGGUUAAUGAUACAGGAUUCCGGGGAGAAUCGUGUAUUUCAUAAAGCCAAACAUUUAGAAAAGAGACAUAGGGGGAGGCUUACCACUUCCCUCGAACGUCGUACAGGACAAUGUGCCCUCCUUCAAAAGUGCCAAAUGUAAAAUGCAAAAAUUAAAAUAUCAAACCACACAA